AUGAUGUCUUACCUCAAACAGCCCCCGUACGGCAUGAAUGGCCUGGGGCUAGCCGGACCCGCCAUGGAUCUGCUGCACCCGUCGGUGGGCUACCCCGCCACCCCUCGGAAGCAGCGGCGCGAACGCACCACCUUCACCCGCUCGCAGCUGGACGUGCUGGAGGCCCUCUUCGCCAAGACCCGCUACCCGGACAUCUUCAUGCGCGAGGAGGUGGCCCUCAAGAUCAACCUGCCCGAGUCCCGAGUCCAGGUCUGGUUCAAGAACCGUCGGGCCAAGUGCCGGCAGCAGCAGCAGAGCGGCAGCGGCGCCAAGAGCCGGCCGGCCAAGAAGAAGGCGUCCCCGGCGCGGGAGAGCUCCGGCUCGGAGAGCAGCGGCCAGUUCACGCCGCCCGCCGUCUCCAGCUCGGCCUCCUCCUCGUCCUCCUCCUCCUCCUCCUCGUCCUCGUCCAACUCGUCGGCCGCGGCGCCCGGCGGAGCCUCCCUGGGCAACCCGGGCGGCGGGGGCGCUGGCCAGGCUGGGACCCAGGCGUCCUGGGGGGUUCGCCUCGGUCUCCGCCGCUGGCGCCGUUCCUGGCGCGGGCUGGCCAGCGCUUCUCGGAAGCGAAAUCUCUCUUUGGGGCGUCCUGACGCUCAUCAUCAUCAUCAUCAUCAUCAUCAUCAUCAUCAUCAUCAUCAUCAUCAU